AUGUCUACGAACAAAUUAUUACUCAUAUCCUUGAUAAUUCUUCUAACUUCCUCAAUGAUUGACAGCAACAACAUUUACUUUGAAAUGAGUGAAAAUCUUGAAAGAAUACACGCUAAAAGUUUUUCGGCAACAGUGAUUUUCGUUGAAAUUAAAAAUGAUUUUCUGUGUUUUUUCAUGAAAAAACGGUCUGAUAUUUUAGUGGUAAAUUUCCAGAACUCAUCAUCAUUAAAUGACAUCAAUGAAAACCUCUCUGAAUUAAAUAUCAUGCUUGUUGUCAAUGAUACUUGUAAAUGCAAAGCUAAGCUUAAAAAUCUAAUAGCAAAAAUUCAAACUCGGCAAUUUGUGAUUAUAUUUGGAGCAAGCGUUGGAAAACUUAAGCAUUCCUUCAAGUUUUUUAUGGAAGAGAAAUUCACAAGGAUUUUUGGUUCAACUGGGAUGAAAUUGUAUGCCUUUUAUCCAUACCCCGUCGCUAACACACCAAAUUCAAUUCGAGAAGUCCUUCCAACACAACCAAUUCCACAUGCACUGAGAAACCUAAAUGGUUUCAUAUUUCGAAGUGCAAUUUAUACGGAUAUUCCUAGAAUAUUUAAAUAUACCGACGAACAUGGCCAUAAGAAAAUUGGAGGAUAUGCAAUAAAACUAUUCAAAUGCUUCUUACAACAGCACAACGCCACUUUCGCCGAAGUUAAUAUUGAACAUUUGGAAUCAAGUUUCAUGCCUGCAGUUACUCAAGCAACAUUAAGCAACGAUAUCGAUAUAAGCCUUAAUCCCUACAGCCGGAUCGAAAGUCUUGGAAUGUGUUAUCCCUUUGGUUUGCUAAGGUUGGUAAUUUUGGCACCAAUAAAUAAUCAUAUAGAUUCGAAUGAGUACUUUUUGAGACCAUUUUCUCCAACCGUUUGGCUGUUUUUUGGUGUUACCUUUAACUUCCUAGUUGCAGUGAAUGUCCUGAGAAAUGUUUGCCGUGGUAGACCUGCGGAUAUUUGGCAAUGUCUUAGCCAGAUAUAUUUGCCAUUGCUAAACCAUUCAACAGAGAGACCAUUGGAUCACGGUGGCCAUCGAAUUCAAGCCCAGAUUCAGUUAUUUGCAUUUGUCAUUGUAAACGUCUAUUUGGUGUAUUUGACGUCGUUUUUGACAGUUUUCAUUGAGAUCAAGCAGUUUCGGACGAUUAAGGAUUUGAUUGAAAACGAGUGUCCUGUUUUAUUUGUUAACUACGAUUGGCAAAGAUUUGCAAAUGCAGAAAAACAAACAGUGAAUUUUGCAGCUAUCGUAAAAACUAUUAAUUAUGGAAUUUUCGCUAAGGCAGCAUAUUCACCAACUUCGAUGACCAACAAUUAUUAUGCAAUAGCUAUUGCAUCAGAUAAAGCUAAGUUUCUAGUAAAAUUCCAUAAAUCAAGGCGUAUAGUUGAAGAGUUUUUGAAUGAUUAUUAUCAUCUGGGUUUUCAUGUAGUCCAACAUUCUCCAUUUUUGGAUAUUUUAGAUGACUUCAUCAUUAAGCUUAUGGAAACAGGCUUACUAAGCAAAUGGAAAAGUGAUGUUUUUUCCGAGGUGAAGAAAUAUAAUUUGAUUAAUAAAACAGGUGAAAAAUUAAAUGAGAAUAAUCCACCGCUUCCUUUGACAUUGUAUCAUUUAAAGUUUGCUUGGAUAUGUUUGGCCAGUGGCUUGAUAUUCGCUGUGUUGGUCUUCAUUUGUGAGAAUGCGGGAUUAGUAGUUCGACGGUUUUUGAUAUUAUUAAAUUAA